UUGACUUGGGGGCGGUGUCGGUUUUCAGACACGAGUGGCUUUUGUUACUGCGCUGCGUGCAGAAACAGAGAAGGAGAGAAGAAUGGACGAGGAGAAUGGUUACAGUGGGAGUAGCAGCUCUAACUUGGAGACUACAAAAGCAGAGAGAUCUGUGUGGCUGAUGAAGUGCCCUUUGGUGGUGGCUAAGUCAUGGCAGGCUCAUCCUCCUUCUCAACCUCUCGCCAAGGUUGUGCUCUCCCUUGAUCCUCUCCACCCUGAAGAAGACGAUCCCUCUGCAGUCCAGUUUACAAUGGAGAUGGCUGGCUCCGAAGCUGUGAAUAUGCCAAAAACUUAUUCAUUGAAUAUGUUUAAAGACUUUGUUCCUAUGUGUGUCUUCUCCGAGACUAGCCAAGGUGGCAAGGUUGCAAUGGAAGGGAAAGUAGAACAUAAGUUUGAUAUGAAGCCCCAUGGUGAAAACAUUGAAGAGUAUGGUAAAUUGUGUCGUGAGAGGACCAACAAAUCUAUGAUUAAAAAUCGACAAAUACAGGUUAUUGAUAAUGAUCGGGGAGUUCUAAUGAGGCCAAUGCCUGGAAUGAUUGGUCUAGUUUCAUCCAAUUCUAAGGACAAGAAGAAGACACAGCCGGUUAAGCAAUCUGAUACAAAGAGAACAAGAAGAGAUCGGGGAGAGCUGGAGGAUAUAAUGUUCAAGCUAUUUGAAAGACAGCCUAAUUGGGCCUUGAAACAGCUUGUCCAAGAGACUGAUCAACCUGCACAAUUCUUGAAAGAGAUUCUGAACGAACUUUGUGUUUACAAUAAAAGAGGUGCCAAUCAAGGAACCUACGAGCUGAAGCUUGAGUACAAGAAAUCUGUUGAAGAUACGAGUGCUGAAUAAGUGCGCUAUGUUCUUUUACAUUAUACUCUAACUCCACUGAGGCACAGACCCUCCCAAAAUAUUGAAAUUCAGUCUCUUUCUCUCUUUGCUGAGAAGAGUCAACGUGUUUAGGUAAAUAGGUUGAUGGAACAAAGAAUCGUUGGACAACAAACAAGCAAACUGUGUAUGUGAGCCGUGAAGAAAAAUUAUCAAAGAUGCAGUUGUAUACGUUCAAAAAGGAAUUUUAGCAACCGAAAAAUUAAUGAUAUGUUGCCUGGUUACGUGUAGAAUAUCUCUGCCCCCUUGUACAUAGAGUUGUUCUGUUCUAAAAGCCUACCUAGUAACAUGAUGCUCUUCCCCUAGUUUAUAUGA